UUUCACAUUGUGCACAUGCAACAUGAUUAUAAACUAUUAUAACAACAUGAUUACUUUAAAUUAAAAGAAAGCUGCUAAAUUUGGUAGACUGACUGAGUCUGAGAGUCUUAGGACUAUUACUUACAGUUACAGUCACAGUGUUUUAUAUAAACUGCCUGUUUUGAGAUGGUGGGGUCCCCAAUGAGCCUGCAAGAUGCUGCGACUCAGCUGACUGCAUUCAAAUCAUAUGUACAGCUUAUUGCAGACUCAACAGCUGGAAUUGUUGAGAAAAAGUUGAAAGCAGCACAAGAGCUGAGUGAAAACUUUGAGAGUGUUGUGACAUUGUCACAGUAUCCACUGUUCCUGGCGGAACUUAUGCGGGUUUUCUUAAAGAUAUUAGACGAGGGAGAACCGCAGUUUAUUGCUGAACAAAAUAUACAGCAACUCAGAAAACUACUGCUAGAGAUUAUUCAUCGUAUACCUUGCAAUGAUCAUCUCAAAAAAUAUGUACAACAGAUCCUGACAUUGAUGUUUAGGCUUUUAAAGAUUGAAAAUGAGGACAAUGUGCUGGUUUGCAUCCGCAUUAUCCUGGAGCUUCACAAGCAGUAUAGGCCACAGAUGAAUGAAGAGAUUACAGAAUUUAUGAAGUUUGUGAAAGGAAUCUACAGUACUUUGCCAAAUCAUCUACCUCGUAUAUUUGAGCCCCGGUCGCAGAAGAAGGUCAAGGACCUGACAGAUAUCAAUGUUGAAGUUUGGCUGCAGGACAUUUUUACUGUCACCACUGUACUUACGGAUAAGAAAAAUGCUGAGAAUCAAAGUGUGCAAUACAAUAUAAUUCCCAUGGGAGUUCAGAGUUUAAAAGUGUUGGCUGAGCUUCCUGUGAUUGUUGUCCUGAUGUAUCAAAUGUACAAGCAACAGGUUCAGAAUGAUAUGGUUGAGUUCAUUCCCCUUAUCAUGAACACAAUCACCCUUCAACCUUCUGCGCAGCACAGAAACAGUCCCAACUUUAACAAGGAAGUCUUUGUGGAUUUUAUUGCAGCUCAAAUCAAAACACUUUCAUUUCUGGCCUACAUUAUCAAAAUUUAUCAAUUUUAUCAUUAUAUUGCUUUCAACCAGGGAGCAGUAAACAGCCAUUCCCAGCAGAUGGUUCAAGGUUUGUUGGGGCUGAUGUCGCUGUGUCCCCAAGAAGUGGCUCACUUGAGGAAGGAGCUACUCAUGGCAGCCAGGCAUAUACUUUCUACAGAUCUCAGAAACAGAUUUGUGCCAGUGAUUGACAAGUUGUUUGAUGAAAACAUAUUAAUUGGAUCAGGAUGGACCACUUACGAGUCUCUAAGGCCAUUAGCUUACAGUACUUUGGCCGAUCUAGUCCAUCAUGUCCGAAAUAAUUUGUCUCUCCAUGACCUAUCGCUGGCAGUUAAUUUGUUUUCUAAGAAUGUCCACGACGAUUCACUUCCCAGCAGUAUCCAGACCAUGUCUUGCAAACUUUUACUCAAUCUUGUCGACUGCAUCAGAACCAAGAGUGACCAGGAAAAUGGAAAUGGGAGAGAACUGCUACUGAGAAUGUCUGAAGUGUUUGUAAUCAAAUUUAAGACUGUUGCAAAAGUUCAGCUGCCUCUUCUUCUAAGCAAAUGCAAACCAUCCAACGAACCAGCUAAACUGGCAGAAUCUAAGGCAAUCUGUCCCUCACCAACAAGUGCUCAGGUCGCUCAACAAUUGAUUGCCUCGGGGGAUGGUAAACUGCCAGAGUCCAUCAAAGAUGAGAAACUUCAGUCCCUCUUCACUACAAGUGUUGAAGCUAAGGAUAAAGAAGACAAGCCCAUGAUGCGUUUUGGGGCCAUACCUAACCACAACAGUCCGUACUCCGUCUCAGAGUGUCGUAGUUUGAUGAAGACUUUAGUCUGCGGUGUGAAAACAAUAACUUGGGGGACUCUCAAUUGUAAAGCUCCUGGUAUAGUGAACAGCAAGCAGUUCAUGUCUAAAGAGAUUCUUGUGUACGUGAGAUUGUUGAAGUAUGCACUAAAGGCUCUGGACAUCUACACCAUCUGUGUCAACCCCAAUGGAGGACUUUAUGUGCGAUCUCAAAAUAUCCAGAAUGUAAAGGUCAAAGAGGAAAAAGAGGCUUUGGAGCAUUUUGCUGGUGUUUUUACCAUGUUGACUGCCAUCUCGUUCAAAGAGAUCUUCUCUUCCGUUAUUGAGUAUAUGGUGGACAGAAUCCAUGGCAACUUUGCACUUCAGAUCGUUGCCAACUCAUUCCUGGCUCACAUGUCUACGUCGGCCACCUUCGCCACCAUAUUAGUUGAAUACCUGCUUGAGAGGAUCCACGAGAUGGGAUCCAACAUGGAGCGCUCCAACUUGUAUUUAAAGCUGUUCAAAAUGGUGUUUGGUUCCGUCUCUUUGUUUGCUGCGGAGAAUGAACAGAUGUUGAAACCUCAUUUGCACACAAUAGUCAACCGUUCAAUGGAGCUAGCUUUAUCUGCCAAUGAGCCAUACAACUACUUCUUGCUAUUGAGAGCACUGUUUAGAUCAAUUGGUGGAGGAAGCCAUGACUUGCUCUAUCAGGAGUUUCUUCCCUUACUGCCAAACCUGCUACAAGGUUUAAAUAGUCUUCAGAGUGGGUUACAUCGGCAGCAUAUGAAGGAUCUGUUUGUAGAGCUGUGCCUGACUGUACCUGUUCGCUUGAGCUCUUUGUUGCCCUACUUGCCAAUGUUGAUGGAUCCUUUGGUCUCUGCUCUGAAUGGUUCACAAACAUUGAUCAAUCAGGGUUUAAGGACACUUGAGCUGUGUGUGGACAACUUACAGCCAGACUUCCUGUAUGACCACAUUCAACCAGUCAGAGCUGAGUUGAUGCAGGCUCUAUGGAGGACAUUAAAGAAUCCCCAAGAUGCAACAGCUGCUACUGCUUUCAGGGUGCUCGGCAAGUUUGGUGGCGGCAACAGAAAGAUGUUGAGAGAGCCGCAGAUGUUGCAGUACAAUGCUAGAGAAACUGUAGGACCUUGCAUUAAUAUCACAUUCCAAGAAAGUAAAACUCCAAUUUCUUUACCAGUUGAAAAGGCUGUGGAAUUUGCUGUCAUCACUCUGAAGAAUUCUAUGAUUGAGUCCUACAACCGUCGCCAGGCCUAUGACCUAAUUAGAUGCUUUCUGAUAUCUGUGAUGAACCUGGAGGAUGAUAAAAUCGUAAUGACGAAUCUGUUCUCCCACCCUAGCUUUAAGGACAAUGAAAUAGUUCAAGUGAAUUCCCAGAUCUACAAAAACCCAGAUUCCUAUUCUCGUAAAGUUCAUGAACAAGCGUUAACAGGAAUGUUUGUGGCAGCAGCAAUUAAAGAUCUGAGAUCCACUGCACUCCAAUUCAUGGCCUCAAUGGUGCGACACUGUACUCUGAUUACUAUCUCUCAACAAUGUGGUCCAUUCCCAGUGGGAGACAAGCAAACCAAACUCCAAGGCAUGGACACACAGAUAUUGGUGGAUGCUCUUGCUACUAUCAUGGGACAUGAGGAGAAGGAACUUUGUAAGCCUGGAAACAUUUCACUGGUCAUCAUUAUAGAGACAGCUACUAUCAUACUAGGCUCUAAAGAGAGGGCCUGCCAGUUGCCUUUAUUUGAAUAUGUUGCUGAGAAAAUGUGUGACUUGUGUUACAACAGAGCUUGGUACUCUAAAUAUGGAGGAUGUUUAGCCAUCAAAUCGUUGUAUGACAGAAUGAGUUUUAAAUGGGUGUUGGAGCAUCAGUACACAUUCCUUAAGGCUUUACUAUUUGUCAUUAAUGACCUAACAUCCGAGGUGUCCAGUGGCGCUGUGGAGUUGGCUCAGAAGUGCAUUGAGGAGAUGCUCAGACUGUGUGCUAGACCACUGGAAGGGGACGAGGCAACUGAAGAGUUGAUUGCUGCCCAGAAAAAAUCAUUGCAUGAUGUUGCACAGAAACUGAUUCCACAGAUUACAACGUCCAAUACUCUAGUCAGGCAGCAGUGCAUGAAGUCAUUGAAGAUUUUGUCUGAAGUCACCAAGAAGACUGUCACUGAGAUCAUGGAGCCUCACAAAGAACUUCUGGCAGACAUGAUACCACCCAAAAAACAUUUGCUGCGGAACAUUGCAUUGGUCUCUCAGAUAGGACUUAUGGAAGGCUAUACAUUCUGUGUUACCUUAGAGCCCAGGCUGUUUAACUUUGAUGCCAAUCAAGUGGAACAUACUGUCUUCUUCAAUGAGGUAUUUCACAUGUGUGAUGUGGAGGAGAAUGUACUGAUGAAACAAGCUUGUUACAAGAACAUCACCAAUCUGGUGCCACUCAAGAAAAGUGCCCUAAAGGCUUUGGCAGCAUGUAAUCUUGUGCUGAACAAGAAGGAGAAAAUCUUCCAGACUUUGUACAAGGCUCUCAACAGCUCUAACUCUGAGAUACAGGAAACAGCUCAUGAAUCAAUGAAAAUGUUCAUGCAAGGUUGUGCCAUAGAUGUCGAGAUGGCUUACACUGCCAUGCGCCCAUUGUUGUCAUACCUCAGCGACUUCCGCAGUCUGACACUCAGCAUCAUCAAGAGACUGUCAUCUUUAGUUCAACUUUUCCCAAACAGUUUCAAUGAGAAAUUAUGUGAAUCUAUGCAGAAUCAUCUGAAGAAAUGGAUUGAGACCGCCCAUACCAACCAAAAAUCUGGUCAGCCAAGACCUGCUGGCCAAGUGCUGUCCACUGAGGUUCAGCUGUGUGCAGCCAUCAUCAACAUGUUUCAUUUAAUUCCUGCUGCCAGUAAAAACUUCAUAGAGCCUUUAACAAGUCUCUCUUUAGUUGGGGAAAGAGCUUUACUGAUGGAGGCUAGUAGUCCAUUUCGUGAGCCCCUCUUGAAGUUUCAACUGAAGUACCCAGCACAGGUUGUGGAUAUGUUUCUCACUGAAACAGCUUUGAAAGAUCAGCAGUGGUUUAGAUACUUUGAGUUUUUGUUACAUCAUAAAGACGGUGGUAAAUUCUGUGAAGCUUUACGAGCCAAUCCUAACCGCUUGGCUAACAUGUUGUCUGGUCAACUUCAGACUGCUCCUGCAAGUCCCAUUGCUAGUCCAGCUCCAGUGAAAUCUGAAGUCCAGUACAGAGCUGUCAGACUUGUGGCUUUGUUGGUCAGGUUUGAUGAAACGUGGCUACCUCAGCAGCCUCAGAUGAGAUCAUUACUUUUGUCCAUAUGGGUUUCUGACAGCUUCCUAGAGAGGCACAAAGCUGUGGAUGAACUUGAUUACAUCUAUUGGAAAGAACCAGCUCUGAUACUGAAAUGUUUAGUGAACUAUUUCAAGCACCACACUGACGACUGUGAGCUUCUGUUUCACAUCCUGCGCUGCUUCAUUCACCGCUUCAUACCACAGUUUCAGUUUGUCAAAGAUUUUCUAGAUGAAACAGUUGCAAAGGCUUACACUGCAGACUGGAAGAGAAAAGCAUUUUUCAAGUUUGUGUCCAUAUUUCAUGAUCCAACCUGGCCACAAGAGCUCAAAGCAAAGAUCUUGCAGUACAUUUUAAUUCCUUGUUUCUACAACUCCUUUGAGAAAGGAGAAGGGGAUAAGCUGAUUGGUGGGCCCCCAGCCCCUGACCAGGACAACGAGGACAACGUCAUCAGUGUCUUCAUCAACAGGAUUAUUGAUCCAGAGAACCCUUUUGGCACCUCCGACGCUGUCAGAAUCCUCCUGCUCCAGUUCUCAUCCCUGUUGGUGGAGCAAGCCUCCUCCCACAUCCAUGAUGCUGCAAACAAGAAACAAGGUAACAAACUGCGCAGAUUAAUGACCUUUGCCUGGCCUUGUCUUGUUUCUAAAAAUUGUGUGGACCCAGCAACCAAAUAUCAUGGGCAUCUUCUUCUGGCUCAUAUUAUUGCCAAAUUUGCAAUUCACAAAAGAAUAGUCUUGCAGGUGUUCCACAGUUUACUCAAAGCACAUGCCAACGAGGCCAAGAUGGUUGUCAGACAAUCUCUGGAAUACCUGACGCCUGCUAUGCCCAGUCGCAUGGAAGAUGGAAAUGGCAUGCUGACUCACUGGACAAAGAAGAUCAUUGUGGAAGAAGGCCACAGUGUCAAUCAGCUGGUUCAUAUACUUCAGCUUGUGGUCAGACAUUACAAGGUGUACUACCCAGUCAGACAUAGUCUGUUGCAGCAUAUGGUCAGUUCAUUGCAGCGUUUGGGAUUCUCCCUCAGUGCCAGCUUAGAACAUCGUAAGUUGGCUGUAGAUCUGGCUGACAUCAUUAUUAAAUGGGAACUGAUGAGGAUCAAGGAAGAUCUUGAAGCCAGUGGGGAGCCACAGUCUCCGAACCCGGACAGUGCCACUGCAGCUGCCGGCGGUGUCUCUGCCACUCCUUCAGCGGCCAUUAAACGAUCAUUGUCUUCUGUCAACUCUCCACAGGAACCCAAGAAGGUCAAGGUAGCUGGAGCUGCUGGUCGAUCAGAUGUUAAUAAACCAAUAGACAAGCAGUAUUGUGAUUGUGUUGCCAACUUUUUGUUGAGAAUAGCCUGUCAGGUGAAUGAAGCUGCCAGUGGGGCUGUCGGGCAUACGUCUGCUGGUGAAAUGCUGUCCAAGCGAUGUGUGGCUCUUCUCAAACUGACCCUGAGACCCGAUGUCUGGCCAAAUGUUGACCUCAAGCUGAGCUUCUUUGACAAGCUGCUGAGCACCGCCACGAGUGCCCAGCCUAACAUCAGCAACAUAGUUGUGGCUCUGGAGUUGUUGGAGUUUCUGAUUGGAAUAAUGAAGAAAGAGAUGAUCUUGUCCAGCUUCAAGCCUCUCCAGCGAGGGAUCUCCAUCUGCAUGAACUGUAACAACACUAAAGUCAUUCGGGCUGUCCACAAGCUGCUGAUGAGCCUGAUGAGUAUCUUCCCAACCGAAUCGGCCAAUUGUUCUGUGGCCUCCAAGUACGAGGAGCUGGAAGCCCUGUACGCGUGUGUCAGCAAACUCAUCUACGAGGGUCUAACCAACUAUGACAAAAACAACGGUGGCAGUCCGUCUCUAUUCAGCACUUUGAUGAUCCUGAAGUCAGCAUGUGAGAAUAACCAGUGCUACAUAGACAGGCUGAUCACCAUCUUCAUGAAGGUUCUUACCAAGAUGACCAGCGAGCACUUGAAAAGUCAGGAGCCUAACCCAGCGAACAGGACACCCGGUCAGACUGCUGUUGCAGAGACUGACAAAGAAGGAGGAUCCAGUGAGCUCUUGAUUCUUAGCCUUGACCUUGUGAAGAACCGUGUUGGGGUUAUGAGCCAGGAAAUGAGGAAGUCGUUUAUUGGCAACAUUCUGGCUGGUCUGAUAGAGAGGACGAGUGACUCAAAGGUCAUGAGAGCAAUUACAAAGAUGGUGGAAGAUUGGAUCAAAAAUAAAUCAACCAUUGCCAUCAACCAAUCGCCAUCCACUAGAGAGAAGUGUAUUCUGCUGUCCAAGCUAAUGAGCAACAUCGAAAGACGUUUCCCUGGAGACAUUGAACUCAACUCACAGUUCUUGGAUCUGGUGCUCUUUAUAUACAGAGAUAAAGAUCUAGAAAGAUCAGAUCUAACCACUAAGUUAGAAAAUGCUUUUUUGGCUGGAUUAAGAUGUAACCAACAUGCCAUCAGACAGAAAUUUCUACAACAUCAAUUUUGUUUUUUUCAGACCAUGGAGGAAAGCAUUCCUAGAAAGUUAUUUGACAGACUUCUCUACCUGAUGUGUUCACAAAACUGGGAAAACAUGGGCAUUCACUUCUGGAUCAAACAGGCUCUUGAGCUCCUAUUAGUUGUAGCUGUGGACUCAACCCUCAUUCAGAGUUCUUCCCCAAUGAAUCUGCUGCCAAGUGUUGCCUCUGUUAUCAAUCUAGCAGACUCUCAAGACAGAGCUGAUUUUGCUGCCCUGGUAAAGGUCAAGGAGGAGCCCAUGGAUGUUGAGUCUCUGGAUAGCACCAAAGAGGAGGAGGACAUAGAGCUGGAACUUCCAUCAGACAGCAGUGUGGAAGAAACCCAGAAAGUGGUCAAGGCAGAAACUGGAUUGAGUCUGAAGACAUUGUUGAGAAAAGAGACCAAGUUUUUAGAUGCUUGUAAGGAAGUGAAGACUCAAGAAUACCUAACAGCUUUAUGUCAACUGGCUCACAAUUCAACUGACCUUGCACACAUCACCUGGCUGGACUUGUUCCCAAGAAUCUGGAAAAUUCUGACUGAAAAACAACAAGAGAGAAUAAAAAAAGAACUAGUUCCCUUUCUGACCAGUGGUGCACAUGUGAACCAAAGAGACUGCCACCCCAGUGCAGUGCACACCCUUGUCGAGGGGGCAGCUUUGUGUGUGCCACCUAUCACUAUUAAAGCAUGUGCACUCAAGUAUUUAGCCAGGUCCCACAACUUGUGGCACAGAAGCUGCUUGCUGUUGGAACAUGCUGUCUCUGACGCUCCUUCUAAUCUUCCAGUGGUCGCCAGAUCAGUGAAUGAAUAUGACUUUGAACCCCCGCCUGUUUUUUCUCAUCAAGAAACAUUGGAUUGUUUGUGUGAGCUGUAUGAACUCUUGCAAGAAGAAGAUAUGUUUGUUGGAUUAUGGCAGAAACGAGCACGUUACCCAGAGACUAACAUUGCACUGGCAUAUAUGCAGCAUGGAUUUUUCGAACAAGCUCAAUCUUCCUUUGAAGGGGUCAUGUCUAAAAUUAGAAUGGAUCACAACACAGCCCCCACACCAAGAGAAGGAUGGAUGGAGUUAAAGUUGAUUGAAAACUGUUGGAUAAAAUGUGCUAAAGAACUGAACCAAUGGGACAACUUGUUGGAAUAUGCCAACUCUAGAGGGAAUGUUAUCCCAGAGCUGAUCCUAGAUUGUGCAUGGAGGGUGCCAAACUGGCCACUUAUGAAGGAUGCUUUAGGCAGGAAUAAAACUCCAUCUCAGGUUGAAGGCAACUAUAAACGUGAGCUCCAGUGGAAGAUGAACUUGUAUCGAGGUUACCUGGCCAUAUGUCAUUCCGAGGAACACCACCUGAACUCACAGCAGCUUGAACGACUUGUUGAGACAUGUGGCAAUCAAGUGAUCAAAGAAUGGAGGAGACUUCCUGGCAUUGUGUCCCAGAUACAUGUACAGUAUUUACAGGCUGCCCAAAUGAUCAUGGAGCUCCAAGAGGCAGCUCAGAUCAACCAGGGUCUGCAACCAGCCAAUCUGACUCGUACGUCCAGUGUCCAUGACAUGAAGGCUAUUGUGAAAACCUGGAAAAAUCGUCUUCCAAUGAUCUCAGAUGAUCUGUCUCACUGGAGUGAUAUUUUCACCUGGAGACAACAUCAUUACAAGUUUAUCAUUGACCAUUAUGAAAGUCAAGGUCCAAUGGACAGUAAUACUAACUCGAUGAUGGGAGUUCAUGCCACAGCCCAGUCUAUCAUACAUUUUGGUAAAAUUGCCAGGAAGCAUGGACUGGUUGGUGUUAGCUUGGACACACUCAGCAGAAUUCACAGCAUUGCCAGUGUGCCAGUGGUAGACUGUUUCCAGAAAGUCAGACAGCAGGUCAAGUGUUACAUGAACAUGACUGUUGGGGGAUCACUUCAGAAGAAUGAGUUUAAUGAGAUUUUAAAACGUCGUCGGCAGGGUCUUGAGGUGAUAGAGGUGACCAACUUGAAGUUCUUCAGCAAGGAGAUGAUGGCCGAGCUCUAUGGUAUGAAAGGUUACUUCCUGCAGCACCUGAACCGCUCAGAAGAAUCAAACAAGGUGUUUUCGGCUGCCAUCCAGCUGCACGACACGUGCUACAUGGCCUGGGCAUGGUGGGGAGAAUAUCUGGAGGCUCUGUUUACCCGCGAGAGAAACAUGGAUCAUGGUGAGAGUGCUGUUAUCUGCUACCUUCAUUCGUGUAGAUCAGCCGUUGAAGGCCACACCAGGAAGUAUCUGGCUAAAGCUAUUUGGUUGCUUACCUACGAUGACGAGAACCUGAGCAUUGCCACGGCCAUUGACAAGUACCAUUUGGGCAUUCAAGCCAUCCACUGGUUGCCUUGGAUUCCUCAACUCUUGACUUGCUUGGUCAGAAAAGAAGGAAAGCUGAUCAUGAACCUCUUGACAACAGUUGGACGUAUGUACCCCCAGGCAGUUUAUUUCCCUGUCAGGACUUUGUACUUCACACUCAAGCUGGAGCAGAGAGAAAGACACAAGAAGGCUGACUUAAACAGAGCAGCUGGUGUUGCAACGACCUCUACAGGCAGCACCUUGAAUACCUCUUCCAAUCCAACGGGUGCCACGCCAUCACCAGCAACCACUACAGCAUCAGGAACGCCUGGCGCUGGUGUAGCUCAGAGUCCUUCCGUAAGUGAUGGGUUGCUUGCCAAUACUGUAACAGACUUCUUAUAUGUAUUCCCAGACUUCUUGUCUAGUAUCCCAGCUAGCACGGCCAAUAGUCAGACCCCAACUCCAGGCCAGACUCCAAGCGCUCAAGCUAAACCAGACGCUACGGGCAGCCACCCAGAGUCUAUACCCAUUAAAGCUCCAGAUUCAAUGUGGCGGUGCUCCAAGAUUAUUGCAGUCCAGAGGGAUACCCAUCCAACCGUACUGACCACACUGGAAGGCAUUGUUGAACAGAUAAUUUGGUUCAGAGAAAACUGGUAUGAGGAAGUUCUUCGUCAGCUGAGACAAGGCUUAGAGAAAUGUUAUGGUGUGGCUUUUGAAAACAGGGCAUCAGUGACAGAGGCAACCAUUACCCCACACACACUCAGCUUUGUCAAGAAAAUUGUCAGCACUUUUGGGGUGGGGGUAGAAAAUGUUACCAACACUGCCUCCACAGUUGGCGGAGCGGCUUCUGAGUCUCUAGCUCGCAGAGCACAGGCCACAGCGCAGGAUCCAGUGUUCCAGAAAAUGAAGAGUCAGUUUACAACUGAUUUUGAUUUCAGUGUUCCUGGUUCAAUGAAGCUUCACAAUUUGAUCAACAAACUCAAGAAAUGGAUAAAAAUAUUGGAAGCCAAAACCAAGUUGUUCCCUAAGUCUUUCUUGAUUGAAGAGAAAUGUAGUGUUCUAAGUAACUUCACCGCAAGCACUGCCGAGAUUGAAAUGCCUGGAGAAUUUCUUCUUCCUAAGCACAACCACUACUAUGUCAGGAUUGCCAGGUUUAUGCCCAGAGUUGAGAUUGUUCAGAAACAUAACACUGGCGCCAGGCGUCUUUAUAUACGUGGACAAAAUGGAAAGGAAUACCCUUACUUGAUAGUCAAUGAUGGAUGCUUGAUAGAGUCGCGAAGAGAGGAGAGAACUCUUCAGCUGCUGAGAAUGUUGAAUCAGUUUUUGACCAAACAAAAGGAAACCAGUCGUAGAUUACUGUACUUCACUGUACCCAGAGUGCUGUCUGUUUCACCUCAACUCAGACUUAUUGAAGAUAACCCAGCUUCUAUUUCACUACUAGACAUUUACAAGCAGCGCACCAGCAAACGUGGUAUUGAACAUGAUGCUCCCAUUGCACGCUACUAUGAGCGGCUGGCAACAGUUCAGGCUCGUGGAUCCCAGGCCUCUCAUCAGGUCUUGCGGGACAUUCUUAAAGAGGUCCAGACCAACAUGGUACCUCGGGGCUUGCUCAAAGAAUGGGCUCUCAACACAUUCCUGGAUGCCACUGAUUACUGGACUUUUAGAAAGACUCUGACCAUCCAACUAGCCCUAAUGGGCCUAGCAGAGUUUGUGUUCCACUUGACAAGGAUGAAUCCUGACCAGAUGUACCUUCACCAGGACUGUGGCUAUCUGAACAUAUCUUUCUUCAAGUUUGACAUUGAUGACCAAACAGGUGAUUUGGAUGCCAACAGGCCAGUUCCUUUCCGUCUGACGCCAAAUAUUGCAGAGUUUCUGACACACACGGGAGUGAUUGGCCCACUGACUGCAGCCAUGGUGGCCACUGCCCGGUGUCUGGUCCAACCUCAGUAUAAGCUCCCAUCUCUGCUGAGGACCAUCCUGAGGGAUGAAUACAUUACUUGGCACAAGAAGAAAAUGGAGGAAACCAAUCCCACAGAAGAGCCCCCAGACAUGGAAGGUGAGCAGCUGGUCACUCUGGUCAACAAGGCUGUGUCUGCUAUCACCACUAGAGUUCAAAAUCUGGCGUCCUUUGAAGGUGCAGAGAGCAGGGUGAGCACGCUUGUUAUUGCAGCAACCAACACCGAUAACUUGUGUCGCAUGGAUCCAGCAUGGCAUCCUUGGCUGUAGGGGAGAUCAAACCUGAUCUCUGCUUGUUUUUUUUAUUUGCAACUUUUUAAAUUCUUUUUUAAUGUUGUGAAAAUAUCUUCUUUCAAAAUUACUAUGAUGUAAAUAUUCAACCUUUUUUUUUUGUCUUUUUAUGUCCGUUAACAACCUUGGUAUUAUUCGUGUAUGAUUAAUUCCAUCUUAUUUAUGUACUAGAUUUUAUUUUUAAAGGAUUAAUCAUUUGUCAGGAAACCUCACUGUUCAGAGUUUGCUUACUAUUUGAAUCCUUAUCAGUAGGGGCCAAUGGAAUGUAAGUUAUUAAUACAAGGUUUUUAAUUAUCUGUAAAAAGUCAUGAAUGAAUGAAUUUUUUCCAUUGUUUAUGAUUUUAUGUUCAAUAUUUUUUAUUUCAACAAUGUUAUAUUUCUAAUGUAUUUCUUACCAUGUGAAUGAAUGUUUAGCUAAUGUGAAAAGUUCCUGGGAUGUGAAUCUCUUUACCAAUUAUUAGCAGUUAUUUUGAAAUAGUUGUGUUUAAAUCUGAAAGGAAUGAACAUGACACGUUAAUUAUAAUUGCAGCACUAUAGAGUACUUUGUUUAUUGAGGGGGGGAAAAAUAGGAUGAUGAAUUGAACCAUGGAUUUCUGACAUGUCUACUGCUACCUGUUCUGUUGCUAGGGGAUUACUGCUACCUGUAUUGCUACUAGGGGAUGUUGCUGGCUGUCGGAGGUCAAUCUUUGCAGUCUCAUAAUAGCCAAUGUUUCAGUAUGUUAUUUCACCUUCCUAUAUCAAUAACCUUUGCACUGUAAUGCUGCUACUGUCAUGUUAAUUCAUUUCAAAUGUGGAAUUUGUAUGUUGUAAGGUACUAUUCUAGUGUUUGUAAAUAUCACCAGAAAGAUUUUUACAAUUUUAUAUCAACAUAGAAUUAUAACAUUUUUAACAUGGUGAAAUUCGUUGACAAUUAUUUCUGGCCUGUAGACUAGAUGUGCCUUGAUUGAUUUUACCACAGUUUUUAAACACAGUUGCAGUAUUAUAGUAAAAAAAAACUUAUAAAUUAUCAAAUUAUUAAAAGGGAAUGAUGGCUGCCUGAGUGUGACUGAUUGAGAGGAGGUGGUGAUGGUUUACCAUCAUUCAAGUUGAGUAUCUAGUAGGCUUGACUGUGGUUUGAUGUCGGGAAUAUGUAUUUGAUGCUUUUUACCAUUAUUUUGUAUAAGACAUGUUUUUGUAUUGUUGAAAAUUUGGUUGAAAUAAAGAUCAAAAGCAUU